UUUGAUCGCAGAGUGCUGCUCAAUGUUGUUCUAUAAAGUGUUCUAUUCCGCUUCCUGCCCCAGGGUUGCCCGUGCAUUUGUUUUUUAAAUGGGAAAUCCAUCUAUAACAGUAACAUUUCUUUUGAAAUAUGUCUUUUGAAAUAUGUCUUUGUAUAGAAAUAUAGGUCUUUGUUGAACUGAAUUACUAUUUUUUUUUAUAGAUAAAUUCAGAAUGCUGCUACGAGUUCAGUUUGGGGGAGAGCACAAAUACAUUAAGCUGUCUGAGCUGACAUUUGAUACUUUUUUGAAAGAAGGUGCCUCGCAAUCAUCACCAUGCUCCGUAACAUCUGACGACACUGUCAUUCUAAACUUCUCGAUGUGUGACGAUGAAGAGGCAUCUCCUGUUGGAGCAAGUCAACCCAAAAGCCAUGUCGCAAAAGCGUUGAUUGGAAAAAUCCUGACAUCAAGGCCUGGUGGUGAACGCAUCAUGCAAGAGUAUGGAAAAACCAAAUCUUUGACAGAUGCCACUAGAAGACAGAUGAUGAACAUAUUUGCUGCUGAGAUGACAGAAACACAUGGGACAUCGCCCCCCAAAAGUGUCAGAGUGAUGUAUGCACAGGGGAUAGUUGCUUUGUUUCCCUAUCUGGAAGACCCAUUUUCACAACAUGGAUAUGAACAUUACUACGAUCCAGAGAGUGGUUCUGGAUACCUUGCAUGGCGAUUGAAGACCAUUCAAAGAAAAAGUUCAGAGGAAAGAUGUGGCUCAGUUAGCAGAUCUCCCAAAGAUAGAACAAGAUUUCAGACUCCUGUUUGGUGAGGCCACAGCCAACACAUUUUUGGAGAGGUGGCCAACCACUUUCAGAGCAAGAGUCAUAAAAGAAAGCCAUGGACUGGUGCCUACCACAGAGCUCUUGGAUUUAAUGCGCAAUGCUGAGUCAACCGCUGAAGUUGAGAACGGUAUGAAUAGUACUGUUUUCACUUGGUAUUGUUGCUUAUGUAAGUGGACAAUAUACUGUACAUUUUGGUUAUGGUGCCAGUUGUCAAUUUAACAUAAUUGUGGCAUAAUAUUGACCUAAUGUUGAUAUACUGAUCUGUAGGGUGGGACAGUGACAUGUCUGCGAUUUUGCUGCUGCUACAUCUGCUACCACCAUCUGCGCAAGGUCGAAAAAGGCCAGGAAAGAUAUCUGCAUCUCAAGCUGUAGAUCAGCUCAUCAGAUUUCAAAAGGCUGGAACCAGCGUGCAACAACAUCUGGACAACAUCACCCAAAGCAGUCAGCCUUAUCUUCUUGCGCAGGGAUCCACCAGAAGCAGCAUUCACUCAUACUUCAUUGUGAUCGACAAGCACGCACUUCCAUGCAAGGCAACAGGGUCAGUUGGAGCCUUUGAUGAACUCAUUAAAGCCCAUUACGUCUUUGGUACGUCAUACAGUUUUUCCCUGAGCAGCUUUUUCACUUUUGUGCAAACAAACAUCUAUAAUAUUGACAUGGGCGAAACAAAGGAAACUCCCAGGAUUGCUGAAUUGCGAGCAAGAAUGUUGCAUUGAGUGAAUAACUUUUGAGACCGAACCAUGAGGUGUUUUUUUUUUUUUUUUUGCAAAAGUGACCAUGGAAGUCCAAGCGGCCUUGUUAAGCACUUAAGUUAAGUUUUUACAGUAGCUUUUCAAGAACAUUUCCAUGCAUAUGAAGUGGCAAGGUCAAAGCAAGAUUUUGUUGUUUUUCAUGUCGACAACCUGAUUUAUCCUAGGCCUUUGGAUAUACAAAUGUCUUAUGGAUUUAAUGACAAAGCUCUGUUUGUUGUCCCAUAUUGCUUUCUUUGGUGAGGUGUUUCAUAAACCAUUAUCAUAUCAUUGUCAUUAUAGUUAAGGUAUGUAUGUGUCGCGAAGCGAGAGCAUGGUCACCCCACCUGGACUUGAACCGGGGUCUACAGGUUGCCAAACAUGCACUCUGACCACAAUGCCAAAGAGCCAGGCUCAUUGGUAUGGCAGUCAGAGCACAAACUCAUCUGUAGUGACGAUCACACGGUCACACUGCCCUCACUUUCGGGAAGCGCACCCUUGCGCUUCAUGCACAAAGGCAUUCCUCGCGCAUCCACCAACUGUACUUCUCCCAUCCAGAGCGCCCCAGACACAAGUGCUUCACCAUCUAUGGGGUCUGUCACACAGGGGUCAACCUACCUGGGGGUCCCUCAUACAGUUUUAUCGAGAGGUCAUUGGAGGCGUGCCUGUAAAACUGUAUGACCCCCAAGUAGGUUGAACC